AUGAAUAUAUAUCUAUCUGUUUUUAAUAAAGUGUCUCAGUUGUUAAUUGUUGAUGUUGUUGUUGUUGUUAUUGUUAUUGCAAAAAUGGAAAGUAAUUCAGAUAAUGAAAUAAGUGAUACUUUUGAAGAUCAAUCACCUAUAAUAAUAGUUUUAAAACCAUUUGAAUAUAAUCUAAUAAAGAGAGUAUUUGGAUCAUUAGUUAUUAGAACAAAAAUCUUUGAACAUGUAAAGAGUAUCAAUGGUUUAUUUCGUAUACCUAGAUACACUUGGCCAGAGUUGGUUUGCUUUCCACGUGAACUUUUGAAAUUCAAAUACUUUGACGCAUACAUGCAGAUCUGUAAAUUCAUAUUCGAUAAAUCACAAGACCAACAUCUAAAGAUCACCAAAGACAAUCGAAAUGACAUGAGAAAACAAUAUCUCAGUGCACUGGAAACCGUUGCCGAACAUGGAAGACUAGAUGUGAUCGACUAUGUCGUCAAACUGCCUGGUACCAAACAAUUCAUUGAUUUCACACCGAUCUUCAAUGUUGCGAUAUCCAAUGGUUAUCAGCCAAUCAUUCGGUACUUGCAUGAAAAGAAAAUCAAAGUUCCUUGGACCAAACAUUCAAUGAAUCAUGCUGUUUCACUUGGCAAUAUCGAACUGGUCAAAUGGUUUCAUGAAAAUCGUAGUGAAGGAUUCACAUCAGAGGCAAUGGAUAUCGCUUUAUCUCGCGGACACCGAGAUUUGGUUUACUUUCUUCAUGAAAAUCGUAGUGAAGGUUGCAGUAGUGAAGGAUUCAAUAGUGUAAUUGCAAACGGCGAUAUGACACUACUGAAAUUUCUGCAUGAGAACCGCACUGAAGGAUACGACAAAAAGUCGAUGAGUAGCUCAAUCAAAUUUGAAGUUAUUAAAUUCCUUAAUGAGAAUCGCACAGAAGGUCUACCAGAGAAGCUCAUGGAUGAAGCGGCCAGACGUGGACACCUCGAUUCCCUCAGAUAUCUACAUGAAAAUAGUACACUUAAAUGCACUACUGCUGCUAUGGAUUAUGCUUCACAUUUCUAUAUUAUCGAAUUUCUUCACGAAAAUCGCACUGAAGGUUGUACCACUAUGCUAAUGGACAGAAUAGCUGCAAAAGGUGACUUGAAAACAUUGGAAUUUCUACAUAGAAAUAGAAGUGAAGGAUGCACAUUCGAUGCUAUGGACAAUGCUAGUCAACAUUCUAUUGCAGUGGUUAAAUUUCUUCAUGAAAAUCGCACUGAAGGUUGUUCGGAAAUGGCUAUGAAUAACGCUAUUCGAAAUCGACAAAUGGAGGUGGUUCGCUUCCUACUUGAAAAUCGCACUGAAGGUUGUUCUCGUCAGUAUCUGAAUAUUGCCGCCACUGAUAAUAACUUGGAGAUGAUAAAGCUGCUGCAUAGUCAUGGACAAGCUGAUUACUAUGGUGAACCAAUGUAUUACGCAGCUAAAAACGGAAAUCUCGACAUUAUCAAAUGGCUACACCAGAACAUUAAGCAACCCGUACUCGAAGGAGUAUUAGACACAGCUGCUUCGAAUGGACACUUUGAGACUGUUAAAUGGUUGAAUGAAAAUAGGAGUGAAGGUUGUUCAAAGGUUGCAAUGGACAACGCAGCAGCCUGUGGUAGUAUGGACACAGUUCGCUAUCUCUAUGAGAAUCGUACUGAGGGUUGUAGUGAAUUGGCACUUGGCAUUGCAAUACACUGCGACAGACUCGAUAUCUUUCAGUUCAUCUUUGAAAAUGUAAAAUCAUUGAACGCCAAAUCAGAGAUAGUUGACCACGUAGCGAACAAUGGCAAUUUGGAGUUUGUAAAAUAUAUUCAUGAGAAUAACGCUGGAACUUUCACAAGAGAUGCAAUGAACAAUGCGGUUAUCAUGAAUAAUCUGGAAUUGGUAAAGUUCUUUCACUACAAUAGAACCGAACAAAACUAUGAUAGUGCAUUGCUGUAUGCCGCCGAAAGGGGACAUUUCGAAAUCGUUGAAUUCCUCGUUGAAAAUUGUAACUACAGUUUUGUAUCAAGAUCACUGUUAGACGCAAUAGCGUUUGCAUUGCGGAACAAUCACUUUAGAAUCGCAAAAUAUUUAUUUGAUAAAGAACCUCUAGAAAAUCCAUUCAAAACAUUAUCAAAGCUAGAUUAUCAAUUUUACCAUCGAUUAAAAUAUAUUAAAGAAUUUUUAAAUAAAUAA